UAAAAAUAUGCAACACUUAGUGUGAACUGUGAAUAGUAGAGCAUUUAACGUUCUGUUAAGCCACGUUUUAUUAGAAAACAUAUUGAAUUGGAAAUUGGAAUAUUAUAGUGUUGGUGUGUUACUUAAGUUCAAUUAUCUAUAACACUUGUUUCAAAUUUCAAGGAUCUUGCUUAACAGGUUCAGAGUUCUUCAAUGCAAUAGUAAAAUUGUGCUGCAAAAUAAUGAUAUUUAACUUCCAGUAACGUGUCCAAAUUAAUAAAUAGUAACUCAUUACCAGAGUUCAAAUAUGUCUUUCGAUGAUGGGAUUCAAGCAACCAACUGCGAUGCAACAAAAUGUAAGUAUUCAGCUGUGAAGAUGGGCUAUUGGCAAGACGACUUCAUACAGUAUUUUGUUACUGGCUACGAACGUAAAACACCAGAGAUUAAUCGAGGGUAUUAUGCUCGUACCAAAGGUGUUGCUAUGUUUAUGGACAAAUUUCUCAAGAAAACUGGGUCAAACUGUCAAAUCAUAAACCUUGGUGCUGGGUUUGACACUUUAUACUGGAGACUGAAAAAUAGUGGAAUAACAGUUAAUAAUUAUAUUGAAAUAGACUUUGCUUCAGUUACGUCCAAAAAAUGUUUUUUAAUAAAAAAAAAUCAAAUUUUAUUACAGACCAUUAACCAACAAGAAGGUGAAGUCAAGAUCAUAGGAUCAGAAUUGCAUUCACCUGAUUUCCAUAUAAUCGGCACAGAUCUUCGAAAUCUGGCAGAACUGGAUAAGAAAUUAACUCAAAGCGGCAUAAAUUUUGAUGUGCCCACAAUGUUUUUAACUGAAUGUGUUCUUGUCUACAUGGAACCAGAAAGUUCAUCAAUGUUAUUGCACUGGAUUGCCAAGAAGUUUAAUGACAUUUUUUUUAUUAAUUAUGAACAAGUGAACAUGAACGAUAAUUUUGGGCGUAUCAUGCUGGAUAAUUUACGCAAUAGAGGAUGUCAGUUAGCUGGUGUUGAUGCAUGUUUAAGUCCUCAAACGCAAAUGGACAGGUUUGUAAGAGUUGGUUGGGAUAGUGCACGAAGUUGGAAUAUGAUAAAUAUAUAUGAAUACUUGCCUGAAGAAGAUAGAUAUCGUAUGGAAAGAUUAGAAAUGCUAGAUGAACUAGAACUACUCCAACAAUUGUUACAACACUAUUGUAUUACAAUAGCUUGGAAAGGCAUAACCAUGGCAGACGUUGAUCAUUUAUAGCAGUUACAGCGGCAGGUUAUGAAUGAUAUGGCUCAUAACCUGCACAUUGGAUGUUGAAUAAAAUUACAUCCAUUUUUAAAUUGCAUCUCAAUAUUGUCUUGUUUUUUUUUUUAAUUUAUCUCAUUAAAA